GUAGAAAGUAAAAUAACUAACAAAUCUAGGUGGGAUUCAAUAAACUUUUUAGAGAAAUUAUUUUUAACUUGGGUUUACCCUCUAUUCUGGAACGGAUGGCGAACAGAGAGUCUAUCGUACGAACACUUAAGCCGAUGCUCUAAAGACGAUGAGGCGCUGGUAGUGGUGCAACAAUUGGAAAGCAAUUGGGACAUUGAACGCCGUAAGCGUAAUCCUAAAUUCUGG